AAAAAGAAUGAAAGAAAAAGGAAAACAAUAGACCCAGACAGACACAUCAGGGAGUGCCGUUACAAAGGCAAAACUCCCGACCGACUACUAUUACUACUACUAACAUGUUUGUACUUGCAGAACUCAAUUAACUCCAGUCACCCAGAAGUUAGCGACACGCGAUAAUAAGUGAAACUGUGACGGAGGAGAGCAUGAUAUCUUCCUGAGACAUUGCUUCAAGAGGUACAAUGAGCCACACACUGAGCAGCCUUCUGGGACUGGUAAAAUCCCCAAUUAGAUAUUCCCCUGCAGUGUGUCGACAAGCCUCCACAUCGGUGUUCAUUGGGAAGCAAAAUCACUUACUGAACUUAACUCCCGAGAAUGGUGAAUGGUACUGUAAAGGCUCUGUCAUAGAUUACAGUUUAAGAACAAGCAGUUACACCAAACAGUAUGGAAGAAAUAAACAUACAUUAAUGCAGCUUAGAAGUCUGAGUUUCCUUGUGUCUAGUGAUAAUCUGGAGGAGAAUGAUCAACAUGUGUCUGUUGAAGUGGUCAAGGAUGCUUCAGUGGUAAGCUAUGAAGAAGGGGACUGGACUGAUGAAAUGAACUUGAUAAGGAGUCAAGAAAACAAGUCUGUCCUCAUACCACCAAGUGAUGCCUCAGAGAUUGAAGUAUUUGCCCCUGAGCUACGACCAUCCUUCAACCUAGCUGCUUAUGUCAACAAGUCUGAAACACUGCAGCAGCUGCUAAAGCUUGGAGUGAACCUCAGCAGAUGGGACAGCCAGAAGGGUGUCAGUGCCUUCAUCCUGCCAUUAAACUUUGAGGAAAAUAUGAAGCAGUACAUUGUGUUUCUGCAUGACUGUGGUGUGCCAGCAGAUGACCUUGGGCGAUGGCUAACACUUAACCCAUACAUAUUUAAGGAGAAACUAGAUGACCUUGAUGCCAGAAUAAAUUAUCUGAAAUACAUGAGGUUCAGCAAGGACCAGAUUACACGACUAAUCUCAAAGAAUCCUUCCUGGCUACUCUUAAGCACUGAAAAAAUAGACAGCCGCUUGGGGUUCUUCCAGGAAAGCUUUAAACUCACGGGGGAUGAAGUGCGCUACUUAGCAACCAAAAGACCCCAGCUCAUAACAUGCAGCACUCACAGCAUCAAGAGGAUUACUUUUUCUGUGGUAGAGGAGAUGGGUUUUGAGAAGAGUGAGGCAAAAAGUCUGCUACUGGCUAAACCCAAAAUCUGGAUGGCUGAUGGUGUAGCACUGUUAAAAAGGUUUGACUUUGCCCACAACCACAUGGGGUUGUCACAUGCCAUGGUGGUUCAGUUCCCUGAGGUGCUCUUGACAAGGGACUUCAAGCUCAAGCAGCGGCACUGCUUUCUGAAGCUCCUUAGCAGGGACCAGUAUGACUCUACCAAGCCUAACUAUGUGUCCCCAAAAGCUCUGGUGUCAGGCACUGAUGCUGAAUUUUGCACUAACAUUGCCAAAGCUUCUGUGCAAGCCUUCAAUGACUUCUUGAAGACACUCUAAACUCAACAAAUUGUUACUGGAUUAUGGGUAAAAAUAGUGUAAUAAUGUGUGUAUAAUUUUCAAAAUGUACAUAAGAUUUUU